GUACCAGCAUAGUUAAUUCGCCCUCAUCUAUCUUCUGCCCGUACGUAUCAUGUCAACAAGGAUCACGCCAUUCAACAUGUUCAAAGCCACAAAAGCUUGAUGAAUGGCAUAAAUGAGUGGGGGACUAUUUUCAAAACUACAGAUUGCAAACAAAGCUAAACCUGUGAGCUCAUUGAUAAAUUGAUUGUGCGAGACUGAAUUCAUCUGUUUUGGCUGUCGCACUCAUCAAGGUUGACACCUUGUUUGUAUUCCAGGCUGUAACGUUAGGCUAGCAGCAGUGACUCACCGAAGUUCGUACACUCCAGUCUCAGACACUCACGACACCAGUCAGUCACUGCGGGAUAUCGCGCAGUAGGCCCAGCAGUCAAAUUUUGGACGUACGGCUGCGCUGGCGACACAAGCUGCCCUGAUUAUGUAGGUCUCUGCACAAGGUUCAGCAAAAGUCAGCUGAUUUUAACUUUCCAUGGUGACAUCGUGAAACAGCGGCCUUCCUUGUAGCUUCAUGCCCUGAGGGGAUGAUCACGUCCAGCAACAACAUGGCGGCUACCACGGGCGGGGUCCGGUAUUCCUCCCACACCUACGACAAGGUCACCAAGGCCAAGGUCACGCUGGAAAACUUCUACACCAACCUGUGGUGUCAGAAAGAGGAGAGACUCAACAGACAAAGAAAGUUGGAGGAAUCGAUCUCAGGUCUUUCAGAAGAGGAGAAAAGGGAGAAACGAAACCAGCAUGCACUCAAGGAAACGGAGUUCCUUCGCCUCAAGAGGUCGCGGCUCGGGGUGGACGACUUUGACUCCAUCAAGGUCAUAGGUCGCGGGGCCUUCGGGGAGGUGCGGCUGGUCCAGAAGAAAGACACGGGUCACAUUUACGCCAUGAAGAUUCUCAGGAAGGCCGACAUGCACGAGAAGGAGCAGGUUGCACAUGUGAGGGCAGAGAGGGACAUACUGGUGGAGGCGGACAACCCCUGGGUGGUGAAGAUGUACUACUCCUUCCAGGACCCCCACAACUUAUACUUAAUCAUGGAGUUCCUGCCAGGAGGCGACAUGAUGACGCUGCUCAUGAACAAGGAGACCCUCUCGGAGGAGGCCACUCAGUUCUAUGUGGCCGAGACUGUCCUAGCCAUUCAUUCCAUCCACAAAUUGGGCUUCAUCCAUCGCGAUAUCAAGCCUGAUAAUUUAUUACUGGACCCCAAGGGUCACAUCAAAUUGUCCGAUUUCGGUCUCUGCACGGGCCUGAAGAAGGCGCACCGAACGGACUUCUACCGAGACCUCUCCCGAGCCCACCCCAGGGACUUCUCGAGUGUCAAAGCCAUGGAUUCCAAAGACUCCAAACGUAAGAUGGAGAGCUGGAAGAAAAACCGACGAGCAUUGGCGUACUCUACUGUGGGUACGCCGGACUACAUCGCGCCAGAGGUCUUUGUGCAGACAGGCUAUACCCACGUCUGCGAUUGGUGGUCGCUAGGCGUCAUCAUGUACGAGAUGCUGAUUGGCUACCCGCCGUUCUGCUCGGAGACGCCGCAGGAGACCUACCGCAAGGUCAUGACCUGGCGGGAGACCUUACAGUUUCCCGAGGAGGUGCCGAUAUCAGCUGAAUCAAGGGAUUUGAUUCAGAGGUACUGUUGCGACAGCGAGCACCGAAUCGGCCGCAACGACGUGGAAGAGAUCAAGGCCCAUCCGUUCUUCAAGGGGGUGGACUGGGAGCACAUCCGGGAGCGGCCGGCUGCCAUCCCCAUCUCCGUCAAGAGCUUCGACGACACGUCCAACUUUGAUGAGUUCCCCGACAUCGAGCUCAAGCCGAUUGCGCCCCCUCCCCAGGAAGGGGAGGAGAACUACAAGGACUGGGUCUUUAUCAACUACACGUUCAAGCGCUUUGAGGGCCUGACGCAGAGGGGGGUGCCGCAGAGGAUGCCAGCCCACGCGAUCAUGCGGCAGCUCAACCAGGACAAGGGGCCGUAGCUCAACCCGUCAGCGACUUUGGGGGGGGGGCAUAAAGGCCGGUUCGUGCUUCAGGCGAAUGCGAAAGCAAAGUGAAUUUGACGUCAAAAAACUUUGUCAAAUUUGCAGCGCAAAUAUCUGAUCCAAAAUCGCAAUCGAUCCAAAACUCUUCCCAAGUAUGAACCAGUCUUAAGCCCAGAUUGUUACCAGAUUGUUCCAUUGUGGAGUGUUUUAUUAACUGCAGUGACUUAAGCAACGGAAAGAUGCAAUGUGUAGUUUUGGAGCCCCUCUUCGUGUACCGUCAGAAAUCUGCCCCCGAGAGAAUGUUAGCUAAGCUUAGGUUGCAGCAGGGAUGCCUGUUUUUAGGGCAAAAAGGCUCAUAUCAGGCUUUAGCAUUCAAAAUAUUGGGCUAAUUUCAAACCAUAACAUGGUAUCAUAGGCUUCCCUGGCCUUAGCAAGGUCAAUUCAGGGCUUCUCUGGUCUUACUUUUAGGUUCUGGUGAAGAACUUGACUCGCGUCCUGUAGGCAACAUACCCAGAGCACUAAUUAAAAAAUUGUGAAAUUACUCUUGAGAAAAUUGCUCGGUAUUUUGGCAGACAGAACUGUGGAAGAGUGCCCCAGGUCAGUACUUCACACCAGAUGGUUGGCCAGGGUGCAUGUUAAGUUCUAGAACAUUCUGGAGCUACUUGCGUACUUUUUGUGUCAUUAGGACAUGUGGAGGAAUGUUGGUGAAAAAAUGUUGAUAAGAAGUUCUGGAACAAGUUGAGAUCAGUUCAGCACUUCACACUUUAAUGACAUUUAAUGCUCUGGACAAGCACUGAAACAAUUGGCCAACAUGGAAGUGAAGUUCUAGAACAUUAUGUGCACUUUUCUUUGAUACCAAGGGUUUGUUAAUAACAAAUUUUGCACACACCUGUUGAAACCUUUAAAGCUAGUAUAGUCAUAUACAUUGAAUUCAAUUACCUUGAUCUAAAUACCCUUCAUGUCAUACAUGACCAUUUAAAUCCCCAUAUAAUCAUACAUGGUUCCAAGCAUAGAGGAAAACAAUACUUUUGUUCAAGGAAAUUGCUGAUCAUGUAGGUAGUUUGUAUUUUUUUUUGUGUUGAUUUCUCCAAGUCAGUUCCUUUAUGUCCCUCCAUUCCAUGAAUGGAACAAUCCGUGGUUAACUUAUUUAUUUACUUAACGGAACAGCUCACUGCCCAAAGAGGAACUAGAUUUGUAGUCUGCUUGUGUGUGCGUUGAAGAAAUGUUUUAAACAAAAAGAUAUUUUACAUAUAUAGAGCUAUAAAAGCACUUUCCUUUUUUUGUGCGUAGAUUGUAAAUUUCUUAGUUUCAGAACCAAGGUUUGUUAACAUUGAGAAAGAGUUUGGCUUGGACACGCCUACAUUAGGGUCUUGAAAGUCAUCAGCUAAUAUAUGUAAUUCUUGGUGUAUUCAUUGUAGUUUAUGAACAUUUUAAAAAGUUCACCGUUCUUAAAAAUCAAACCACAUUGCAUAUUCUAACCUCCCCUGUUUUGAAUGAGGCCCUCUGAAGCAUUUGUAUAUCUUGUGUGAUGAGGGUACAGUUUCAUGCUCUGACCACAUACCAGCUUGUGGUUAUCCAUGUCGGCAAGCCACAAGUUCAGCUUCAUGAUCGCAGAUUCGAAUGAGUCAGUUGCACUGUGAAUAGUGCAGGUCUCAAGGAGUGCUGAAUGUUCAGGGCAAAUGGUGUCGAAAGCAUUUGGCUGUGACGCUUGUCAUUCCUGGCACAGUUGUGCAGUGCACGUGUACGUGAGCGGAUUGAAAUCGGCGUUGUAGUCGAGACCAUCACAAGACCCACACAAGACCCCAAGCCCGCAUUCAAGUCUCAAGCUCUUCAAAUAAACUCCAGUGAAAGCAUUCCUUUGCCAUUGUUCACCUUUUUGACUCGUGACUGGUCUUGUGAAAGAUCUUGUGAUGCUCAUGACUGCAACAUUGAUUGUAAGGCAGUGCAGAUCCCACUGACAGCAGUGUAUAAAACUCUGCCUGGCCCAGUUUGGGUCUGUUAAUGGGCUUAACCAGGUAAUGAUUUCUGCUUUCUGUCACCAAGCAGUCUCACUCCAUGGUGGGAGGGGGGGAAGGGUUUGACAAGAUCUGACAGGUGUGAGUCCGUGCAACUUUUCUCCAGUAGUAAACACAACUUGAGGUAACUUCUCUGCCUCGCCACUGCUGCUAGACUGGCCUCAUUGCACGAUGCACUCUUGUCAGUCACAGAGUAGGUGUGCACACAUGCCAGUGGGCAUUACUCGAUUGAGAAGCCAGUCUACUUACUGAGUGCACUUACUUGUAACUGGUGCAGCUGCGGUUAGCACACAGGAUGUGACUCAGUAUUUCCCACUUCCCUCAAAACGGAUGACUCACCUGCCCCAGAAGUGAAUUUGUUGGCUUUGGAAUGAUUGAUUGAAUGGAACAAAAAUUCCAAUUAGUUAUUACAUGUUUGUAAGUGCUUCUUGGGGUUUGUAAAUGGACUCUAGAAGUCAGUGCUUCAGUCUGAAUCCUUACAUCUGAUUUGUGCAAACUCUCUAUCCAUUUUCGUAAGGAAAAAAAAAAUGUGUGUUAAAUUCCUCCAGUAAGCCUUCUCUUGUCCCACUUGUUCUAACCUUUAAGACAGAAAGUUGAGGAAAAGAAUGUUUUAAGUUGAUAAAACAAGCAGGUUUGUGCAGUGCUGAGCUCAGUGAUGACUUUGACCUAGUUGAGAGAGGUCACGUUUGGUAGUUUGACCUGUGACCCUGGUCAGCUGAAGGUGACUUUUGACCUAGAUUGGGGUGAGUCUGUAUUUGGCCUUGAAGCCUGAAUUUCACGAACUACUGUGAUUUUUACUGUAAUGUCAGUGGUUUUUUUUGUACAUUUAUGAACAGAUCUUUGCAAGCAACUAACAGUUAUUCAGAUUGUUGGCAUAUUGGUCUGAAUCUUUGGAGCUUAUAAGGUCCUUCAUGAAGAGUUACUCUUUAAUUUGAAAUUGCUGAGAAACACUUUACAUGAAGACAAUUUAUGCUUGUUCAGCCAUUCAGUUGAGAACAUUUCAUUGGACAGGGCUGAGAUUUGUCAGGACUUUUCCUGAUUUCAGGACUCUCCAAACAGUCUCUUGUAAAAUCUGGAAAAACCCGCGUUUACCAUGACUCUGUUUUUAUGAACAACAAUCCAAGAAAUGGGUAUUUGAAGCAGUGCCUCUCUGCCCGGAGCCGAAGUACACCCCCAAUCGGUGAAAAGAAAGACAGGUGGUUACAUACGGGUUUUGGUACGCGUUCUGCGUGUACGCAAAGACCAUGCAUGCUGGAGUAAAUUAGUUACGUGUACUCAGCGUGCUCCAUGUCAAAUGCGCAUAAUUACAUGUAUAUACUUGCGUGCCUCAUGGCGCACCUCUUGGCGAGCCUAUGUGGUGAGUACCAAAAAAAACCCACCCUCUUUUGUUCCGCUCGGAGCGGAUAGGCAAACACAGAUGUAUGCCCCUUCUGAGGGACCUCAAACCCUCUGGUGAUUAUUUCCGGGAUUUUUCAAUUUCCUCUGAACUCAGCCCUGGUUGGAUGGUCUGAGACGAGAAAAAGAGAAAUAUAUGGUUACGUUGUUGUCAUUUUAAUAGGGAAAUUUGGAUCAGCAGUUUACAUUUCUUGCCUCUGGAAAUGACAAAAGUUACAUAAAUAGACCGGUGAAACACAUUUACAAGUUUAUUGUGUCCAAUCUGGAUAGAUGAGGGCUUAUAAAUAGACUGAUUCAACAAGUGUUCAAGUUUCUUAUUUGAACCAGUUCUUUUGGACGUAUGUGUAAAGUUUCAAGGCAAAUUUUAGGUUGUGGGUAUAACACGGCAGGGAACCAGCUGCAAUGAAUAUGUAUUAUAUAUGGUAGUUUGGCUGGUUACCCGUGCGUUCGGAGUGCUGUGGACUUCUUCAGUUUUCAAUAAUGCUUUUCUUAUGCAUUGCUCAUAGAGGCUUGAACUAAACCACAUCGCCAUGCAGAAUAGCAACGGUGGCAGAACAAUUUUUUUUGGGGGGGGGGCAGAUGUGAAACCGUCAGGCAUUAAUAGACCAAUCCAUUAAGCCCUGCCCCUUUAAAGGACCUCGCAAAAGUAGGGGGCCACUGGUCCUUCCCCACUUCUGCCGCCGGUGCGGAAUUUUCAAUAACCUCUUCUCAUAAAUAAACUUCAUGUUCCCAACUUCCCAUACAUGUAUGAGCACACUUUUGGAUUUCGGCUUUUUAACUAAAUACUGGUUGAAGUUUUGCUUUGUGUUGUGUUUCUGUUUUGCUGAAGAAUUGUUUUUGUUUUCCAAAGUUGAGUUUGCAUUUGUUUCUGCUGCUUAUUUAUUUGCGACUGUGAAUUGAAAUUAACAAUCAAAAUGACUAUGAUUUUUAUGAAAUGUAUAGGAUUGUUUGAAUAGAAGUAACAAAAUAAAAUAUGUGAAAUAUUGUAAGAAAGUAACCCAAAAUGCUUAUGGACUCACUCAUGCAAGGUGUAGAGCACAUGUAUUAAAACAAAAGAGUGACUCUUAUAUUAUGCAGAAUAUGAAA